GAAAAUUCUUGGGGGACAACAUCAGCUAGAUGGCAGUCAGCACCCUGAAUAUGGCACCGUAUUUCACUGGAUAUCCUUUUCAAGGACAAGGCCGAGUGAAUCAACUUGGCGGUGUGUUUAUCAAUGGUCGACCACUGCCGAAUCACAUACGUUUAAAAAUCGUAGAGAUGGCAGCCGCUGGAGUAAGACCGUGCGUGAUUUCUAGGCAAUUAAGAGUCUCGCACGGUUGCGUCUCGAAAAUCUUGAAUCGGUAUCAAGAAACGGGCUCGAUCAGGCCGGGCGUGAUCGGUGGCAGCAAGCCACGAGUCGCCACCCCGGAAGUUGAGGCGAGGAUUGAAGACAUGAAGAGGCAGAACCCUGGCAUAUUCAGUUGGGAAAUCCGCGAAAAACUGAUAAAGCAGGAUGGCAUCUGCGACAAGGCGUCAGCACCGUCAGUUUCGAGUAUUUCGAGGCUCCUUCGUGGACCCACGAAUCAGACGCGACCCGGGGACGAUCCUCGAAGGAAUCAUUCCAUCGAUGGGAUACUAGGUGGAAGUAGUGGUGAUGACUCGGACACGGAGAGCGAGCCGGGAAUCGCUUUGAAGAGGAAGCAGCGUAGAAGUAGGACCACGUUCACCGGCGAACAGCUUGAACAGCUCGAAGCGGCCUUCCAUCGAACGCAGUACCCCGACGUGUAUACCAGAGAGGAAUUGGCACAAAAGACGAACCUGACGGAAGCUCGAGUACAAGUGUGGUUCAGCAACAGGCGGGCCAGGCUUCGCAAGCAACUAAACAGUCAACAAUUGAAUGCGUUCAACACAAUGAGUUUGCAGUCUUUUCAGACGCAACACUAUGGUAGCAGCGCCGAAGGUUAUCAAAGCUACGGCCAGGCCUCGGUAGCUGCAGCCGCGGCUACCACCGCCGGUUAUCCUCAGCACUACAACUAUAGUGAAAAUUAUUAUGCCGCCCAGCAACAAUGGACCAGACCGACCGCCGAAAACUAUGGAUUGUUCAAUGCCUCCCAUUACGGUAGCAGCAAUCUGGCCUCGAACUUGACGUCGAGCAAUCUGAAUCUGGGCAGUCUGAGCGGCAGCGUGAGCCCCACGGCUUCGAACAUGAGCGCGUGCAUGGUCCAGGGCGCGUCCUCGGGGGUGCCAGCCCCCUCGGGAAUAAACCACCACGUGACACCGCACAGCCCCAGCGAGGCAAAGAGUGGCUACCCCUAUCUGGGCGGGAUAGAGUCCCAGGUCUGUGGCAGGGUUCACUGA